AUGGAUACAAUUGGAAAGUCAACUAACGUUUCAAGCAACGAAAAAAUUUUGACUUCUGUUGUUUACAUGAGGGAUGCUGUUACCAGAUUUCCACAAUUUAUACCAGACUCAGGCGAUAAGAUGCUAAUUUGUCUAAAUCUUCUUGUUGUUCCAACAAUGGAUCGAGAUCUUCGAGAUUUAGCUUGGGAAACUGUUUUGAGCAUACUCAAAUAUUGUAUAACUCAUGCAAUCAAUCUUCUUUCUUGGCCAUUGGUUUUCCAACUCGCUUUCCUUCUCCCAGGAGACAAAUUAUCUUUCGAAUACCCUGUAAUCAAAUUGGAGAACUGUAUACCAUUUUCCGCGGACGACCUGUUGCGUGAGAUAUCUUCACUCAUCCAAUUGAUUGAUUUAAAGUCUCCUCCAGAAACUAUCAGAUUAUGGUGGAAUUUUUUGAUCCAGCACAUUUUGCCAAACAUAUUCAGAUUCCUUGCCUCGAAAAACAAAAUAAUACGACGCAUUUCUACUGAGUUUAUGAAAAUGUUUUCAAAUAUUAUCGAUGUAAAUGCAGGAUUAUGGCCUUUCUUGACAAAUAAAGGAGAUCUUGAACCGCUAGAAUGCAUGAAGAAUUUAAUACAGAACUCUCUGGAGCUUCUUGAUGAAUCAGAUCAAUUUUCUGACGCACAAGUGCUUUGUAAGUUCUUUUUGACAUCAUUUCCUAUAGUUAUUACUUGCAGGCGACCACUUGAAAGAUCUCUUGAUGAAUUAGAUCCAAAUGCUGACCAGUUUGCAUUACAAAUCGGAUUAUUAAUGAAACAGAAGGUCCCUAUGAACGAAAUUUUAUCAUGGUUCGACUGCAAAUUUUCUCCUUCUUUGGAAAAUUACCUUCCUCUGUUGGCAGAUUCAACAAAUAACUUACAACAAUUAUAUCACGUUUUAUUAAUAUUUAUUUUCGGUACAAUCGUUCAAUAUACACAUAAAUAUGAAAGCGUAUACGAUCAGCAUGGUCAAAUUCUCCCGAUUUUGUCUCCUUUGCUUCAAUUAUUACUUACCUUCAGAUUAUUAUACAAUUACGCGAUAGUUCAACCGGAUCUUGUUAAAACCUGCGAAUCUAUCAUCCAAUUACUACUUACGAUGCGAUUUAAGACAAAAAUUCCGCUAUCAAUUAUAAUAUUUUCGAUGUCAGCGUUUGAUUCCAAAAAACUUGAUUCGGGAAGCAUCAUUAAGACAUUACAAGGCACGAAGAAUACAAAUGAAAUGAUAAAUCAGUGCUUUCUCAGCAUAUCAUCUCAAAUUGCUUUAACUCUCUCACAAUACUUCUUUACAGUGCUUCCAUACAUGCAGUCACCUAUCAAAAUCAACAGUGUUUCGUACGAACGAGGUCUUUCGAAGCAAAUUCGAGGAAAUUCCGAAAUUCAAAACUUAAUUUUUUACUUUAACUUGACAGCUGACAAUUGGAAUGAGAAGAGUGCUAUUUCUUUCUUCAUGGAGUACCUAAAUGUCGCAGAUUCCGUGACAAACUUCCAAAGUUCGCCAAAAGUUCUGCAAAUUUACAACCAAAUUUCGAGUUCAUCCGAAAUGAAGCAGAUUUUCUACUCUAUAUUGAGCCAUCUCCUCGACUCCUUCUCAGUGAUACCGAACAAGUCCUUAGAACAAGUUUUCACCGCUAUAAAAACUUGUUAUAUGUUACCGGACACAAAUAAAAUUAUGAAAAGGGAAGUUCACCUCAAAAUUGUCAAGUUUUUGAUAAAAUUUAUCCCAAUUUCACAAGAAAAAGUGUCCCACGACCUGAUUAAGUUCGCCAUUGACGAGAUAAUAGCUGGAAAACCAUUCUCCUUCCUCAUGAUGCCUUUAGUUAUCACGAAACUCAUACAACCUUGCAAAUCUUACAUAUCUAUGCUCGAAGAUGCCAAAAAUAACUACCACGAGCAUUAUUUAAGAUACAUAUCGUUCAUUACUACAAUGACGAUCAUCAAACAACCGUCAUCUCAAAGUCUAAAUGAAAUUUUAGAUUUUUACAAAAAUUUAGUUGAAAAAGUGACAAUUGAUCAAAUCCGAAAAUUCUUUGGGAAGGACAAACUUGACAGGCAGUGCCUUCUCCACCUCAAGGAAUUUGUGCCUAGGGUAAAUACGACUGAUGUACAGUUAGUUUGUUGCGCUUUCGUGAUUUUGAUAAAACAAUGCUUAAUUGAUAGGAAUAUCACUGAUUCGUUGAUUGCUAUCAUAUGCUCUUUCACUGUACAGAACGAUCCUUUACCUUUAGUUGCUCAUAUAUUGUCAAUUGUUCCGUAUAUGAUCAAAUUUGUAAAUAAGAAGCAAAAGACGAGUAAUUUGAUACAGCAACUGAAGUUUUUCUUGUGCAGACAGCCAUUAUCCGGUGACUACUUCUUCCCAGCCCUUCAAGCUCUCUCUGAUUACAUCAUUUUCUCAGAUGACAAAGCAGAGAGGACAGAAUUGCUUGCUAGGUUCUAUAUCGAAAAGGAUGACGAUGACGGAAUCAACGAAAUCAUAAGAAGAGAAAGCUGUUACUUAUUGAAAAACAUAGGAAAAGAAAAAAUUUUCAAAAAAGUGACAGAUUUACAAAAUGAAGAAUUUAUUCGGAUAAAUAAUGACUCUGCAGUAUAUUUCGGACAGCCAAUAGACAAUACAAUUGAUUUGUACACGAAAAACGACACACAGGGUUGUUUUCACUACAAAUUGAAGAAUGAAACUGAUAUUUCUCAGUUUUUACUCGAGAUCUUCAAUAAUAUCGGCAAUUCCGAUAUCCCAGAGAUACUCCCACCAUUCCCUUACGGCUAUCAUCUCGAUAUUUCCGUGUUUUUCCGAGGAAAUUCUUUGGAUUACAACGAAACUUCACCGGAAUUCAUGAAUUUCGUUAAAAGCCUUGGUAAACAGAAGGAAUACGUUGACGACAGCGAUAGAAAACCAUUUGUUAUGUGGUCAACAACGAGAUUAGAGUGUUGUUUCCAAAUUGUUUCACUUUUUGAGGAGAAAGACCUCGGAAUCAUAUCGGAAAACAGAAUAGCAAUUGCAUGGAACGAGGGAAACAUACAGAUAUUGACGAGCGACUUGAAAAUGCCAGAUAUAAUCGCAUUAAUUCGGAUAAAACCUCUGAGAAACGGAUUAUGUCGCGUUGAUACUAUUUCUCAUGAAAAUGUUGGCCCAAUCAACUUAGAAUUGGUCGUUCCUUGCGAGAUUUUGGUUCCAUUAGUUCAUUGGACAGUUUUCGUGAUGUGGAGCGUGAUGAAAUCAACUCCACGAGUUUUGGAGAAGAGUAAGAGCUCUGAUAAGGUCUACCAGAUGUACAAAGCAAAGAGGAAUUCAAUUUGA